CGCGGAGUGCGGACGUGUGGUCUGUGAGCCGGUCUCCCGCCGAUACGAUACAGGCGUGUUUUCACCGGGUAUUAAUGAAAAUUUGAUGAAAACUCCGUUUUGACGGCACCGUACGUCAUUACACGGGCAUAGACUGUGUCUCUAAUUAAACUUUGUGUGGAACAAGGAUCUGAGUGUAUAAUGAAACCGUUGCAAACACGGUACAAAGGUGAAAUUUUGUGACAUCAACCACUAUGCCUUAGUGUUGUGACAGUGUCGAUAGUCGAUAUCGAUAUGGCGCGGUUGUUACUAGUGAUGUUGCUGCCGGCGCUUGCCGCUGCGGCAACCGGUGAUAAUGACGUGUGCAACCCGGAUAAAAUGACUGUGUACAAAAUGGUGCUGCAUACAUACUGGACGAGAGAAAAAUUCCCGAAACAUUACCCGGAUUGGAGACCGCCUGCUCAAUGGUCGAAAGUUUAUGGUGUAUCACACGACAGAUCAUACACGUUAUUCCAACUGGGGAAGCGAGUGUCGGCCCCAGUUCGACAGUUCGCUGAGUUGGGUCGAUCCGACGCGUUGGGGUCGGCUCCGGGAACUCUCGACGUGUUUGGCGCACCUGCUGUUGGACAGGGGGCUGGCAGGACUGAAGCUGAGUUCUUUGUCGAUGGAAAUCAUUCUAGGGUGUCAGUAAUGGCUCGCAUGAUACCGUCUCCUGAUUGGUUCAUUGGAGUGGACAGCUUUGACCUCUGCGUUGAUGGGAACUGGUUGGACAGCAUCACCAUAGAGGUGGAUCCACUUGACGCGGGGACUGACAAUGGCUUUACGUUUACUGCCCCAAAUUGGCCCACCGCUCCGCAAGGAGUUGCGUACCGCAUCACGUCCAAAUACCCAUCACACCCAGCUGGUUCAUUCUUCUAUCCACAUCUAAGAAGAUUACCGCCUAUCGCCACGUUUCAGUUUAUAAAGCUUCGCGAAUAUGAACUCUCAGAAGUAUUCCACCGCAACACAGACGAUCGGAGAUACGAUGUACUACAACUUGACAAGAUGAACCAUAACAACAUUGAUGUAUUGGAUGGGAACAGAGCACUUUCAAUUGCAGAGGAAGUUGAGAGGGCUGAAGCACCCAGGAUAUACUCUGAAGGAUCCAUGACAACACCUGAUGGGGCUUAUUCGUAUUACUCUAUAACGAACACGACAUCGAGUACGACCGAAGAGCCUCGUUCGGCUAACGAGCUCCCGACAUCGGGCCCUACCGCUAGUGAGAGGUCAGCCCUUCGGAGUCUGGCCCGCAGAUACCGGGCCAGGCGACGACGCAAGCUGCGCGCUGAUAACACCGACCCGGCUGAAAGGAGGAAGCGGAAAAGAGCUAGACUGUUAGACUGCCGGGUAUCAGAAUGGAGCGAAUGGAGCCCAUGUCGCAGUGAUGGUGGUUGUGUAGGCUCAGCUGUGCGCACGCGCCGAAUAAUCAGACGACAAAGGCCAGGGGGUGCACCGUGCCCCCCAACCGCUCUAACAAGAUGGUGUGCUACCAACUGCUCGACACCACAGCCACACGAAGACUGGCGGACGAAUCUCACGUAAUUCUAAAUUCGAAUUCGUAUUUCGAAUUUUAUUUUAUUUUUUAUUUAUCGUAUUUGGAGUUGGUUUUGUUGAUGAUGCAAAUCAUUUUGUGCCACUGAAGAGAUAAAUAUUUGAUCUGUAUUUUCUACAUUAUAACGUUCUGACAAAAAUGGUGUGAGUUUAUCAAUCAUAUUAUUUUGGAUCAAAACUUGGCUCAGAAUUAUGAAUUUCGAUAUCAUUAACAAGGCACAAUUCUUUAUUAGUGGCCACAUUCUAACAAAUUAAUUAAAACUUUCCUUUAAUCUAUUUAUGAUGACUGUUUAUUAUUUUAGCAUCUGUGUCUGUCCGUCCAAAUAUAAUUUUGUUUCGAUUCCAUUCAUUUGUUUCGCAUUUCAAUUUAUUUUCGAUGUAAAUUGAUGUGGCGUGUAAAAAUAUAAUAAAAAAUUGUUGUAUAAAAUAAAAAUAGUAAGAGAUGACUGUCAAUAUUGAAAAAUAAUAGAUAGUAUUCGGUUCUUUAUCGCUGUACCUAAUUGAGCUUCUUUUUAUUUCGUUUGUUGGUCAAUUAUUGUUAAGAGUGACUAAGAUUUAGGAUAAAACAAUUCACAUGCAUGCAGUUACAUCGUAACUUAUUAAAUAAUUGGAAAAAUGCUUCUGCAAUUAAAAAAAAUACAUACAAACUAAAAAUUCUUCCAAAUUUAUUUAGAUCGAUGCUAUCUAUUCAGAACCAUAAUAUUGUAACAAAAUUAUUUUCAAAAAAAUAUCUAUAAAAUUAAUUAUUACAGAUUUUUGCUCUAGUACAAAACGAUGUCGUGUCUUACACUAAUGAGAAUAAACAUAUAAAUAAUGAUAAUAAAAAAAUGUACAAUUUUUAAUUUAUUAACAAUUUAUCCAUUUUCAAUAUUUCUACUACUCGUAUAUCCCUGACAAUACUUUGGGAGUUAAUAAUAGAAAAAAAAUAUACAUAUCGUUUACUUAAGUAUUUAACUUUGUGACAGUAAUUCAAUAAAAUGUGUAGCAAUUAUUUUAGUGUUAAAAAUAUCCAAAGAUGCAGCUUUUAUUUUUCAUACAAAUAAGUGUAAAAACUUUUAAUGAGAAAUAAAAAUGAAGAGACUUCUCGUACCGCGCUCAGAGGGGAGGAGUUUAUUUAUUUUUAUCUACUAAUAAGUAUUAUAGUAAGUCUGUACUUAGAUAAGUAUAAAAUAGAUAUUCACAAAGCCUUCUGUGGAACUAUGAAUUUCAUUUGAGAAUAUAAUUAAAUUAUUGUAAACAUUUGGGAUUACAGUGCUUGGUAGAUGUUGUAUAGUGCCGUUCAUAGAAGCAGAGAGGAUUAUUAAAAGACGAGUUAGCAUUUCUCAUUAUUCUUUUAUAUUGUAUGCAAGUGUCCGCUCUGCUUCGUUUUCAUUAAAAUCCAAUUGUAAUAGAAUUUUUGUUACACCCAAAUUUAGUGUUAUAAAAAUCUCAUUAUAGAAAACUCUUUAGCAAUUUGCUUUGUAUGCCAAAGACCUAAGUUAGACUUGAUUUCCAAUCGAAAUUUCUCGAAGAUCGAUUCACACACAAUCACGAUUAAAUAAAUUGUUUAUUUAUCUCCAGAUAAAUAGGAUCGAUUUUUGUUUGCUCAAUUUCAUUUCGAAAUAGAACAUCGUUAAUCAAUUGAUGUGUGGAUUGAUCUGUAUUAAUGAGUAAAGAAAAAAUUGUCAAAACAUCUAGUUAAUAAAAGCUAUAGUUUAACUGUAAAAUAGAGCCAAAAAGCUGAAAGUGUUAACCUUAGCGUAAAACUUGG